AUGUAUAUUGUAUUUCGGAAUCAUAUCGAGCUGAGAAAUCUCAUACUCGUCGGCAUUUAUCUGAGUACUCUCAUUUAGAAGGAGAAAUGGCAUUCAUUUCAUUUGAAGAUUUGUUAGAUGAGUUAGAAGAUCUGAUUUGUGACACUAUUGACCGUGUUCUUUCUCAUAAACCAACUCGAGAUCUAAUCUACCAACUUCAUCCAGAUUUUAAACCACCAGAGCGUCCAUUUAUGCGUUUGGACUAUAAAGACGCGAUACAAUAUUUAAAAGAUCACGAUAUUAAAAAAGAAGAUGGUAGUUUUUAUGAAUUUGGAGAUGAUAUUCCAGAAGCACCUGAACGUGCCAUGACCGAUCAAAUUAAUCGGCCAAUUUUUCUUUGUCGCUUUCCCGCCGAAAUUAAAAGCUUUUACAUGAGUCGUUGUAAAGACGACCGUCGAGUAACAGAAAGUGUAGAUGUACUAGUUCCUGGUGUUGGUGAAAUAGUGGGAGGUAGCAUGAGGAUCUCCGACAUGAACGAGCUUUUAGAAGGUUACAAACGUGAAGGUAUUGAUCCUGCACCUUAUUAUUGGUACACGGAUCAACGAAAAUAUGGUACAACAGAACAUGGUGGCUUUGGUUUAGGCAUUGAACGCUUUUUAGCGUGGUUGCUUCAUCGUGAUACUAUUAAAGAGUGUUGCCUCUCGCAAGGACUCAGGACUCAAAGUUAUAGUUCAAAUUCAACAAUGAAACGUAGUAGCGAAUACGGAAAUCAAACUCACGAUAAUAGUAUUAAAAAGCCACGUUUCGCAGGACAAGGUUACAACAGUAACUAUUCAUUACCAGGAGGUAUGAGAAGUGACCUUUCACAAGGGUCUUCUAAUACUGAUAUAUAUUAUCAAAAUCCACCGGUUGGUCCAUCUUCAAUGAUGAUGAGCAAUCCUUCCUACUCUCAAGGUACUGCGGGGUUUCACCAUCAUCCUGGACAUUCAAGUGGUCAUUUUGCUAGUAUGAAUGCUUACCAUCAAGCCGUCCCCUCUCAAUACGCAGCUAUGAAUCAAUUCACUCCCAGCGUAAAUAGUAUGGUCCCUCAGUUUACCAGUGCUUUCUCUGGCGCGCAGUUUCCUUCCUCUUACCAGCAAGCAGCCGUUAGUACCGCUACUGCAAACGCAACUGGUCGCACUGUAUAUCUCGGUAAUCUUCCAGCGGAGGUUGAUAUCGAAGAAAUGAUGAAUCAAGUUAGAGUGGGCCCAGUCGAAUCGGUUCGAAUCCUUAACGACAAGAGCUGCGCCUUUAUCUCGUUCAUGGACGGUGCGGCUGCUAUGCUAUUUUACCAAGAUGCAUCCACGCGUAAAAUAGUUCUUAACGGUCAAGAACUUAAAGUUGGGUGGGGCAAGCCUUCUCCCGUUCCUAUAACUGUUCAGGUAGCUGUUAAUGCUCAAAAUGCCUCGCGUAAUGUUUAUUUAGGGAACCUGGAUGAAUCCAUAACCGAGGCUACUUUACGCGAAGAUUUGUCUAAAUAUGGCACGAUUGAGAACGUUAAAAUUGUCAGGGAAAAAAAUAUCGGAUUUGUUCAUUUUAUGUCAAUAUCUAAUGCAAUGAAAGCUGUACAAAUGCUUCCAACCGAUCCAAAAUAUGCCGGCAAAAAAGUUAACUAUGGUAAGGAUCGAUGCGCACAGAGGUCUAGUGUAGGAAACGGAGUAACACCGCAAUAUGCGUUUCCGGCUAGUUCCCUUAAUUUUCAAAGUUUUGGCAGUGCAGCUAUGGGUUUUGGUUUUGACCCAUAUCAUUCCGCUUCUGUCGCUGCCUCAAGUCAUAUUGAUAAUGGUUCUGAACUGCGUAGUCCUACAAGUCCUUUGUUCUCUUCCGCUUCUUCUGCAGCUGGUAGUACGGCUUCAGGAUCAGCUGCCGGAAAUCGAACUGUUUAUCUUGGAAAUAUUCAUCCAGACACAACUUGUGAAGAAAUAUGCAAUGUUAUCCGAGGAGGAAUUCUUCAACAAAUUCGUUAUAUGCCAGAAAAGCAUAUCGCUUUUGUGACUUUCAUUGAUUCUAGUUCAGCAAAUAGUUUCAUGUAUAUUGCACAACAAACAGGUGUGGUGAUCAAAAAUCGACGACUUAAAGUUGGAUGGGGAAAGAAUCCAGGACCGUUACCUGGUCACAUUCAAUUGGCUGUAAGCACUCAAAGUGCCUCACGCAAUGUUUAUGUUGGACAACUCGACGAUAAUAUCACUGAAGAAAAACUUCGACAAGACUUUUCUGAAUAUGGUGAUAUUGAACUGGUGAACAUUCUUAAAGAGAAGAGUUGUGGCUUUGUCAAUUUUACUUCCAUUAUGUCCGCCAUCAAGGCCAUUGAUCAAAUUAAGCUGAAGGACGAAUAUAAAAAGUAUCGGAUUAAUUAUGGUAAAGAUCGUUGUGGUAAUCCACCAAGGGGCAUUACAAUUGGUGGAAUCAACAAUGGUAGUGUUAUGAAGAAUAGUAAGGGACGUAACAAUGGCGAAUCCGAUGCUAGAGUUCUUCAUGCUGGAGAUACUUCGGAAUCUGAUGGUAGGAAUAUCGAUAGUAUCGAAGAUGACGGUGUAGAAGUUGAUGACGAAUAG